GUUCUUCCUAAUUUCUCUUGCUUUCUCACACUCUUGCUUGCUUGUUGACUUUGCAUGCAUGGGUAUUUAUAGUGAAAAAUCCAACCACCCAUGCACCAUUUUCUUUGCCUCAUUACAUGAGUUUAUCAUGCAAUUUUACAUGAUUUCAACAAAGCAAAUGCUAGCCCACAACUAGCUAGGUUGGUGAAGAAAUUUUACCACAUGGAAAGUUCAUGUAUUCAUGUGGGGUUGGACUUUCUACCAACAAUCUCCCCCUCCUACCACAUGGGAGGACAAACCAACUAUCAUUCCAUACACUUCAACAAAACUAUGGGAGGGACAGAAGACAAACAUGAAGAUGAAAAGGAGAAGCACGAGGAAGUGGACGAUUAGGAGGCUGAAAAUGGAGAGAAAGCUAAAGAAGAAGAAAGACAAGGAAUGUAAAAAUAAGGAAGAUACAGUAGGUGGUGGAAAGGAGAAACAUAGGAAGAUUCCUAAAGACAAGAAGAACCCAACAUUCAUAAAGGCUAAGCUCAUAAAGCUCGAAUCCAAGAUGCAGGCUUUGGCUCUAAAGAAGGAAGAACUCCAGAAACUGCUGGAAGAAGAUGAGAAAUCUGCCGCAGCAAACCCAAACGGUUGAGAUUUUCACCCAUCCCCUACUUGUAUAUUGUUAUUACUAUUGUUAUUAUUUUUGGUAUGUGGACCUUUGAUCCAAUGGCCUUGACUUGCAUAUUGUUAUAUGCAGUGCUGUUGUGAAUAUAGAAACCCGCGGUUUUGUAGUUGAAUAAUAAGGGUAAAAGAAAUUCAAUAGUUUUGAAUUUGAUUGCUUGAUAAUUUCAACAAUGAAAUUCAAUUGUUUUG